AUGUCAGCAACGCCUCGAAAGCCUGGAACCCCCGGCAGUUCCAGCAAAUCAUCGCCCGCAGAUCCGCACCCAGCCAACGGGUCCACCACACGAGGACAUGCACGCUCACCCAGCGCUACAACUAAUGGCCACAACCGUUCCCCCUCCUUAAGAAACUCGACCCCCGUUUCCGCCCGUGCUGCUGCAAGAAAACCCGGUCGAUCCAAUCUGAGCAUGUCGAACGUCCCACGAAUUUCCAACGACCCAUCUGAAGAGGAAGCGCGGGCCCAAAAUGCGGCCCUCAUCGAGGACCUGAGAGAGCAACUGCAGAAAGCCGAGACGGCCUCCGAACAGUAUCAAAAACAACUUGGUGUUCUGCAAAUGCGCUUGGAUGAAGCGAUCAGCGAACAGAGCAAACUAGAAGACCAAGCCCAUGAGCGAGAUACUCGGAUUGAGACUCUGAGCAGCGAGAUCCGGGAUCAAGGUCGUCAGAUCCGGGAUCUGGAACAGAAUCAUGAACAGGAGCGGAAUGCGAUGCUGCAGGAGAAGGAGCAACAGACGAGCCGGGAAGAAGAGUUGCUGGCCACCAUCCAGCGUCUGAAGGAAGCGGUGGCGCAGAAAGAUAUGCGCAUCAAUGCUGAAGGUGACCGCCACCAAGUCUCACGAUCUUCAAGUUUCCGCAACCGAGCCUCGCCAGACCUGGAUGCUCAAUUUGCCCCCUCCUCUCAACUCGAGCGCAGCCCCUCCCGCAAUAACUCCAACCUUCUCCUCCAGAAAGAUAAGUUAAUCGAGUCAUUGCGCCUGGAAUUGGCCGAGUCACAGAUUAAGCUUGUGGAGAUGGAAAAUAAAGGUGGGGGCCAGCAGCGCGAGUUGGAGAAGGAGCUUUUGGAUGCUCGCAUGGCUAAUGCACGUCUUAUGGAAGACAACGAAAGCUAUCAACUCCUCCUCAGUGAAAAGACGCUCGCCGGAGAUUUCACUAAGGGCGACUUUAUGCGGGAUGUCCACCCUGGAAAGAGUUCCAGUGGCGGGUUAGGCUCGUUGGCUGACGAGCUCGAAUCCGUGGAUGAAGAAGCAGUCGAAGGAGACUCGAACCACAAGGCUGACGGAGAGCUCAAGAACCUCAAGGACCAGAACAAAGCCUUAACCCUUUACAUUGAGCGGAUAAUUAGCCGUGUCCUACAGCAUGACGGUUUCGAGCACGUUUUGGACCGAAACGAUGACGAUGAACCCAAGAGCGAUAAGGCAAGCAGCAGUGAAAAGGAUCUGCCUCCCACUCCCCUCGAGAAGGAUCAGCAAGCAGGUCAGACGCUCUUGCAGCGGGCCAAGUCCGUGGUUUCGGGCCCAACUCCUCCCCCAAAGCCCCAACCCCGAUCUCGUCCGACCAGCAUGAUGCCUCCGCCUUCUUUCCCGAAUACCCACGUAAACGAGAACCCAGAAACCGCGCCCAGCAUUCCCAUUCGCACCCAGUCAAUGAGGGCAGGUCAUCGUCGCGCCCGCUCUGAGCAGGUCGACCCAAGUGCUGCUUCCGUUGUGAGUCAGAUGUACCGUGGACGAAACUCCGGCGGCCCAAUUAGCCCUACAAGCAUGGGGCCUGGGUCGCGCCAGAGCAUGUUUUCAGGGGCUCCGAGCUACGUAUCUAGUAUGAGCCGUGCCCCAUCUAUGUCCAGCCAACCAGAACGUGCCGGACGCAGCAGCUCCACAAGCAUUACCAGUGAUGCAGCAACCUCAAGCCCUCCCAGGUCUAGCAGCGGCAUGACCAACUAUACUGGAGCUGUUAUGACGCAGAACAAACUGCGACCCCUGCGUCUUGUGAGCGAUGCAGCCAAGCUCGAGGAAGAGGAGGCUGCCCGCAAGAGGGCGAACCGCGCGAGCUGGAUUCCGUGGUUUGGCAAAGCCAACCCAGAGGAGCAGACCCAGCCUUAG